GAGGGGGUGGAGCGGGAGGGGGCAGCCGCUUUCUUCCUGAGUAGAAAAACGGCCCCCCCGCUCCGUGCCCUGGGGCUGCUCGGCAGAAACUCGCGGUCCGAGGAGCUGCGGGGCUGCGCCGAGCAGGGGCCGCCGGCAGAAAGUGCGCGCUCCCGCACCGUCGUGUCUCCGCGUCCCGUCCCGUCUUUCCGCUGGGCACGUCGGGCCCGGGGUCUCCUCUCGGCGGCGCUGCGGCUGCCGACGGGGCGCGGGUCGGGCCCCGCGCACUGGAGGUGCUUAGAUCUGUGCCCCCCCCCCCGCAGCAGCGUCGGAGCCGUCCGCAGGCGCUGAGUGGAGCCUCGCAGACGUGCCAGUGUGAGAGGAUAUUUCAAAGAUGAUUUGGCUCCCACUGGGACUUGGAGAUCUGAUGCCACAAUGAGGACUCACACCCGGGGAGCCCCAAGUGUGUUUUUCAUACAUGUGAUGUGCUUCGCCUUUGCUUGCGGCAUCAGGGAGGACGUGGAUGCCAUGGUUCCUUUUGUCAAUGCCAACUACGACAGCUAUCCCAUGCUCUACUUUUCCAAGGGUGACGUGGAGGGUCUGCGUCUCCAGGCAUCAACCACGCACCGACACAUCACGGCUCGGCUGAUGGAGGCAGUGCAGACAAUGCUGUCAAACCCCCUGGAGUACCUCCCGCCAUGGGAUCCAAAGGAGUUCAGCGCUCGGUGGAAUGAGAUUUACGGCAACAACCUGGGGGCCUUGGCAAUGUUCUGUGUUCUCUAUCCUGACAACACUGAAGCCAUUGGCAUGGCCAAGGAUUACAUGGAGAGGAUGGCAGCUCAGCCUAGUUGGCUAGUGAAGGAUGCCCCAUGGGAUGAGGUCCCUCUGGCUCACUCCUUAGUUGGCUUUGCCACAGCUUAUGACUUCUUGUACAGCUAUCUUAGCAAGACUCAACAGGAAAGAUUUCUUGAGGUAAUUGCCAAUGCUUCGGGAUAUAUGUACGAAACAUCAUACAGACGAGGAUGGGGUUUCCAGUACCUCCAUAACCACCAGCCUACCAACUGUGUGGCCCUGCUGGCUGGAAGCCUGGUUCUGAUGAAUCAAGGCUACCUUCAGGAAGCUUACUUAUGGACCAAGCAAGUAUUGGCAAUCAUGGAAAAGUCAGUAGUCCUGCUGCAGGAGGUCACAGAUGGCUCUCUCUAUGAAGGGGUGGCUUAUGGCAGCUACACAACCAGGUCACUCUUUCAGUACAUGUUUCUUGUCCAACGGCACUUUGAUAUCAAUCACUUCAACCACCCCUGGCUCAAGCAGCACUUUGCAUUUAUGUACAGGACUAUCCUGCCAGGCUUUCAGAGGACUGUGGCCAUUGCAGACUCCAACUACAACUGGUUCUACGGGCCAGAGAGCCAGCUGGUGUUUCUCGACAAAUUCGUCAUGCGCAAUGGCAGCGGGAACUGGUUGGCAGACCAGAUCAGGAGGAACCGGGUGGUGGAGGGCCCGGGGACUCCAUCCAAAGGGCAGAGGUGGUGCACCCUCCACACUGAAUUUCUCUGGUAUGAUGCAAGUUUGCGCUCCAUCCCUCCGCCAGACUUUGGGGUUCCAAAGCUGCAUUACUUUGAGGACUGGGGAGUGGUAACCUACGGAAGUGCUUUGCCAGCUGAAAUCAACAGGCCUUUCCUUUCCUUCAAGUCAGGAAAGCUGGGAGGACGUGCAAUAUAUGAUAUUGUUCAUAAGAACAAGUACAAAGAGUGGAUCAAGGGAUGGAGGAACUUUAACGCUGGCCAUGAACACCCAGACCAGAACUCCUUUACUUUUGCUCCCAAUGGCGUACCUUUCAUUACAGAAGCUCUGUAUGGGCCAAAAUAUACUUUUUUUAAUAAUGUAUUGAUGUUUUCUCCUGCUGUGUCCAAGAGCUGCUUCUCCCCAUGGGAAGGGCAGGUUACAGAGGACUGUUCUUCGAAAUGGCUUAAAUAUAAACAUGAUUUGGCUGGUGACUGUCAGGGACGAGUGGUUGCUGCCAUGGAGAGAAGCGGGGUGGUUUUUAUCAGGGGAGAAGGAGUGGGAGCAUACAAUCCUAAACUGAAGCUGAGAAAAUUGCAAAGAAACCUCAUACUUCUUCAUCCUCAACUUUUGUUGCUGGUGGACCAAAUCCACCUAGAAGAUGACAGCCCUCUGGAAGCAGCAACUAGUUUCUUCCACAAUGUGGAUGUGCCUUUUGAAGAAACAGUUGUUGAUGAGAUUCAUGGGGCAUUCAUUAGACAUCGUGAUGGAAUAUAUAAGAUGUACUGGAUGGAUGACACUGGCCACAGCGAGAAAGCUACCAUUGCCUCAAGAAUGUAUCCCCGGGGCUACCCUUAUAAUGGAACAAACUAUGUGAAUGUAACGACCCUCCUGCGGCACCCCAUCACCAGAGCCAUUUACUUGUUCAUUGGGCCCUCCAUCGAUGUGCAAAGCUUCACUGUCCGUGCAGACUCUCGGCAGCUGGAUGUUUUUGUUACCACCGGUGAGCAUUCCUAUGCAGUUUACCUGUGGACGGUGGAGGAUGGGCCUCGUUCUGCCUUUGCACAGGUUACUGUAGGCCGUCAGAAAAUUGUCUUUGACCGAACGUCUGCCAUUAGGAACUUUGCAGUGCCAGAAGUGAAGGACUACAUUGGGAUCGUGGAGAGGAACCUGCAGCAUUUUAAGCCUGUUUUCCAGCAGCUUGAAAAGCAGAUCUUGUCUCGUGUACGAAACACAGCUAGCUUUAGAAAGACUGCUGAACGCCUAUUGAGGUUUUCAGAUAAGAGACAGACGGAGGAGGCCAUUGAUAGAAUAUUUGCAAUCUCACAGAGGCAGCAGCAGCAGCGUGGAAGAGCAAAGAAAAAUAGAAAAGUAUCCAAAGGUUACAAAUUUGUUGAUGCUGUUCCUGACAUUUUUGCACAAAUUGAGGUAAAUGAAAGAAAAGUGCGACAGAAGGCACAGACUCAAGCACAAAAAGAGUUGCCUGUUGAUGAAGAUGAGGAAAUGAAAGAUCUUCUGGAUUUUGCAGAUAUUACUUAUGUGAAGCACAAAACUGGAGUUUCAAUCAAGGGCCGAUCAGGGCUGGCACAGUUGGUGGCAACCACUCGAAGUAGUGCCCCAUCAAUAUCAGCUUCUUAUACUCGCCUCUUUCUAAUUCUCAACAUUGCUAUUUUUUUUGUCAUGUUAGCAAUGCAGCUCACAUACUUUCAGAAGGCCAAGAGACUGCAUGGCCAAAGAUGUCUGUAUGCAGUACUUUUAGUAGAUAGCUGUAUAUUAUUGUGGCUGUAUUCUUCUUGUUCUCAGUCACAAUGUUAGCAGAAGACCUCUACUAGUUGACCAGUUUAUGGUCAUAUAUGUCUAUGCAAAAGCAUUAACCCUAAUAGGGCCAAAGUUUAUGUUCUUUUCUUUCUGAAACAUUCCAAAAACAGCUGGGGAAAUAUUGGUUUCAGACCAUAAAGAAUUGACAAAUCAGGCAGGCAAUGAAUUUCUCAGAAAAGUAAGUACUUAGUAAGUACUCCUCCUUUGAGUUUUGAGUUGGGCUUCACAUCUGAGGGAACAUUAUGCUUUCUUCUUCAGAGUUUGGUAAUGCAAAGCUGUAAUUAAUUAAUUUUUUGGUGAGAAGAGCCCUCUUAAAGCAUAUGUUUCUAAGGGUUUGUUUUUUUUAAUACGGAAUUGGAUUUACAUUUAGUGACUUUUCAUUUCCAGGCUGCUGUGAAUGUUAGUGGACAUUCUCUUAAGGAAAAGUUAUUCACUCACAAGUAUGCAGAGCAGAUCUUAGCAGCAGAUGCUGUUUCUCUCUGCCAAACCAAAGAAUAUUUAAUUGUGGGACACUCCUGUAUAACUAUUUCAGACACUUCCAUCAUGUCAUCUCUUCCAUGCUUUACAGUCUGGCAUGGCUGGAGGUGGCAAUCCUGUCAGUACCUACCAGUGAGCAUCACAAUGUUUAGUAGGCAGUGACAGAAGGAGGAGAAUAAGGAGCUGGUUCAAAGUACAAAGGAAGACAAUUCUCAGGAAAAAACAACAACAAAAUAAACUUUUUUCAGUCAAGAGUAAACUAUGGAAAGAUGAAUGCUGUGGAGUCUGUUCUCGAUUUUUCAAGACAGGGUUUCAUGAAAGUUUUCUAUUGUUUGAAGUGCAUCUUAGUAGAGAAAUAAUGUUCUUCUACGUGCACUUGUAAAAAUACAAAAGCCAAAGCAAUCCUGUGGUAACCUCAACAAUUGCCAGUAGGGAAAAAGAGGUAUUAUGGAAGUAGUGUCUUUUUUUUCUUUUCACAUGGCUAGAAGCAGAGGACAGUUAAAAUAAUGUGAACAAUCUGUUCUCUAUAAAGCACGAGGAAGGGUUCUGCAAGCUCUUGGUGGCUCCUUGAUCAGUUAUCUGGGGAUUAGUGGUAAAUGGAGUCAUCUGGUUUACAGCAAAAAUAAGUUUGACAUCUCCGCAUAUAUCCCCUUCUGUUCAUUAAACUGAUUUCAAGAAAUCAUAGCUAUUUGAGAGAAUGGAAAAUCUAGGGAAUUGGGGCAUAUCUGUAUGUCUUUAUGGGAAAAUAAUUUUUCCAGUACAUUUGUUAAAUAAAAAUAUUAUUGUCUCUGCGGAAAAAAAUGUUUCUCUUUGAUUAGAAUAUUUUUCCUAUUAAUUACAGUAAUUAUGUUCAUCAGCUCUUUGUUCAAACCAUAAAACUUUGUUUCCUUUUCCUUACACCCAUUUAGGUAUGUUAUCUACAUUGCUAUUUUUAAGCCUUCUGGAGAUUAUGCACUGAAAUAUACUGAGCUUUUCUUGCCUAAACAUUUUUAGUGAACAGAGCAGUAUAUUUUCAUUAGGUUUCAGAUACUGAGCCGUAUCUGCACUGUGUUCACAUACAGAAGCUUUGCUACAAUCUUUGAUGCUUGGAUAUAGCCGAUAAGAUUUGACAUGUUUAGUCUAGGCAAAGGAAGCUGAUUGGUUGCAUAAUGUUACUUACAGUGUAAGUAUGUCUAGAUUGUGAGAAGCUGGGUAUCACUACACAUUUCCUUUCUGUCUUGGCACAGGGAUAACAGGAAGGUAUGGAGAAACAGCUAUUGGGUUUUGGGGUUUUUUUUUAGUAUUAGACAUUUGUGUAUCCUUGUCCUCUUUGGAGAUUGUUGAACCUUUAGAAAAAUGAAGAGCUGUGAUGACCGUGAGCCUUUACUAGACUAAUGUAAUCAGUGGCAUUUAUACAAAUCUUUCACUGCAAUUGACAGUUAUGUAUGUUUUCCCUAUGUCAGGUCACCAUUGCUUUGUUGGACAGUCAGCCACGGAAAGGUAAACUCUCAUCACUCUAGUCCAAAAAGCUUUUGAGAAGUACCUGCAUUUCUUUGCUAGCUGUGUACAGUGUGCCAUCCAAACUUCUAGUACAGGAUUAGUGUGUGUGUCCAAUGAAACUGCAGAAUUAUGGAAAGUAAGAUAUGGUCAUGGACAUUAGCUCUUGUUUACAUGAUGCCUCUCUGCAUUGUUGUAGCAAUGUGAAGUUGACAAGGUGGCUACAAGAGAUCCCUGUGCUCAGAGCCAGAUCUUAAAGCAGCUUGUAAAGACAACCAGCAUUUAAAUGUGGUGUGAGUGUACCUGCAAUGAUAGGGUGAAGGGAAAUGAAAAUAAUCUCAUGUACUUCUUUACUUUUUUUCUACACUGUUGCCUUUUAGAAGUCCUUUUUUUGUGUUUGUUUCUUGUUUGUUUAAGUUUUGUUUCAAUUUCUUGCUUCCAUUCUUCUUCCCCUUCUUUCUUUCAUUCCUUAGCAAAGCUUAUCAUAGAAUCACAGAGUCACAGAAUUGUAGGGGUUGGAAGAACCUCCAGAGAUCUUUGAGUCCAAUGCCCCUGCAAGCAGGUCCCCUACAGCAGGCUGCACAGGUAGGCAUCCAGGCAAGUCUUGAAUAUCUCCAGAGAAGGAGAAUCCGCAACUACCCUGGGCAGGUCGUUCCAGUGCUCUGUCACCCUUACAUAGAAGAAGUUCCUUUGCAUAUCGGUGCAGAACUUCCUUUUCUCAAGUUUAUAGCCAUUUCCCUUUGUCCUGUCCCCACAGACCACUGAGAAUAAGUUGGCCAUGUCCCUUUGACUCCCACACUUAAGAU